AUUGGGAGAAAGCAGAAUGUCCUCAGUGUCAUCUGAAUACACCAUUGGUGGGGUGAAGAUUCUCUUUCCUUGCAAAGCUUAUCCCGCACAGCUUGCUAUGAUGAAUUCUAUCGUCAGAGGACUGAACAGUGAGCAGCACUGUUUGUUGGAGAGUCCCACAGGAAGUGGAAAAAGCUUAGCCUUACUUUGUUCUGCGUUAGCGUGGCAACAGUCUUUUACUGGAAAGCCAGUGGAUGGAGGCUUGAAUAAAAAGCCUGAGGUGCCGUCGUCAUGUGGUUGUGCAUGCCACUCGAAGAGUUUUCCUUACAGUGACACGGACAUAGGCACUUCACCCCAUUUCCAUAGUCCAAGCAAACCACCGGAGAGAAACGGCGCCUUAUCACCCUGCCAAGACUCUCCUGAAAAAAAUACUCUGGCUGCAAAGUUAUCCGCCAAGAAACAGGCAUCCACGCACCGAGGUGAAGAUGAUGAUUUUCAAAUAGAGAAGAAAAGAAUCCGCCCCUUAGAGACCGCACAGCAGAUGAGAAAAUGCCAUUGUUUGGAAAAGGACGUCCAGCAUUUGGAUGCACGAGGAGCCCCGGAAAAGAGAGUAAAACCCGAAUCUCCUGUAGGAAAGACAAGCUCCUCUUUCCAAAAUCUCGAUGGCCAGUGUUGUAAGUGCUGCUGUUCUACUAAACAAGGAAAUAGUGAAGACACCAUUAAGAAAGAUCACGGGGGACAAUCCAAGAGACCCAAAAUUUAUUUUGGCACACGCACACACAAGCAGAUUGCUCAGAUUACUAGAGAGCUCCGAAAGACAGCUUACUCAGGAGUCCCAAUGACUAUUCUUUCCAGCAGGGACCAUACUUGUGUUCACCCUGAAGUGGUGGGUAACUUCAACAGAAAUGAGAAGUGCAUGGAACUGCUGGAUGGAAAACACGGGAAGUCCUGCUAUUUUUACCAUGGUGUCCAUAAAAUUAGUAACCAGCAGACAUUGCAGUUUCUUCAGGGGAUGUCCAAAGCCUGGGACAUAGAAGAGCUUGUUGGCCUCGGGAGGAAACUGAAGGCAUGUCCCUACUACACAGCUCGGGAGCUGGUAGAUGAUGCUGACAUAGUAUUUUGUCCCUACAACUACCUCUUGGACGCUCAAAUAAGGGAAAGCAUGGAUAUAAAGCUGAAAGAGCAAGUUGUCAUUUUAGAUGAAGCUCAUAACAUUGAAGAGUGUGCUCGGGAGUCAGCAAGCUACAGUGUAACAGAGGUUCAGCUUCGGUUUGCCCGGGAUGAGCUGGAUAGUUUGGUCAACAGUAACAUAAGGAAGAAAAACCACGAGCCCCUGCGAGAUGUGUGUUAUAACCUCAUUAAUUGGUUAGAAACAAAUUCUGAGCAUCUUGUGGAAAGAGACUAUGAGUCGUCUUGUAAAAUAUGGAGUGGAAACGAAAUGCUCUUAAAUUUGUACAAAAUGGGCAUCACCAGUGCCACUUUUCCCAUUUUGCAGAGACAUUUUUCAACUGUUCUUCAAAAAGAAGAAAAAGUGACAUCGGUCCACGGUAAAGAAGAAGCAGUACACAUACCUAUUAUUAGUGCUUCAACUCAGAUAAUGCUCAAAGGGCUCUUCAUGGUGCUGGACUACCUCUUGAGAGAAAAUAGCAGAUUUGCAGAUGAUUAUAAAAUUGCUAUUCAGCAAACUUACUCCUGGACAAAUCAGAUUGCUGUUUUUGAUAAAAAUGGAGUCUUGGCUCUACCAAAAAAUAAAAAACAUUCACGACAGAAAAUUGGAGUUAAUGUGCUAAACUUUUGGUGCUUAAAUCCAGCUGUGGCCUUUUCAGAUAUUAAUAACAAAGUACGAACCAUUGUCCUAACAUCAGGAACACUGUCACCUCUAAAAUCAUUUUCAUCCGAGCUUGGUGUUACAUUUAACAUCCAGCUAGAGGCUAACCAUGUCAUCAGUAACUCACAGGUUUGGGUUGGUACUGUUGGCUCAGGCCCUAAGGGCCGGAAUCUCUGUGCUACCUUCCAACAUACCGAAACAUUUGAGUUCCAGGACGAAGUGGGAAUGCUUUUGUUAUCUGUGUGCCAGACUGUGAGCCAAGGAAUUUUGUGCUUUUUGCCAUCUUACAAGCUAUUAGAGAAGUUAAGAGAACGUUGGGUUUCCACUGGCUUAUGGCAUAGUUUGGAGUCAGUGAAGACGGUCAUUGCAGAACCCCAAAGAGGAGAAAAAACUGAUUUUGAUGAAUUGCUGCAGGUGUACUAUGAUGCCAUCAAGUUCAAAGGAGAAAAAGAUGGAGCCCUUCUCAUUGCGGUUUGUCGUGGCAAAGUGAGCGAGGGUCUGGAUUUCUCAGAUGAUAAUGCCCGUGCCGUCAUAACAGUAGGAAUUCCUUUCCCAAAUGUGAAAGAUCUUCAGGUUGAACUAAAGCGACAAUAUAAUGACCACCACUCAAAACUGAGAGGCCUUUUGCCUGGCCGUCAGUGGUAUGAAAUUCAAGCAUACAGAGCCUUAAACCAGGCUCUAGGCAGGUGUAUUCGACACAAAAAUGAUUGGGGAGCUCUUAUUCUAGUGGAUGAUCGUUUUAAUAGCAAUCGAGAUCGCUAUACAUCGGGACUCUCUAAAUGGGUGAGGCAGCAGAUCCAGCACCACUCAACCUUUGCAAGUGCCCUGGAGUCCCUGACUGAGUUUUCCAAAAGGCACCAGAAAGUUACUAACCGAUCCAAAAAAGACAAAGAAUGUAUAAAACACAGGGAGUCUACUCUGAAAGCAGCCUGUUUGGAGGAUAGCUCUCUGACAAGUGUGUCAAAAGCAAGUCCUCUGUCGCCAGAAAAUUCUAGGGAAGAAGAAGCGAAAGUGUGUGUCCAGGAGCUGCAACAUCCCCGGAUGGCUGCUAAAAACCCUUCAGUGCCGAGUCAUGGCGUUUCCAGAAGAAAGAAAAGUGAUCCAAUACUAAGAAAAGAGUCUGUUCAAACAGUGAAAACAGAGAAAAAUGUCAUUUCCAGAUCCUCAAGCCCAACUUUCGGGAAGCAAGCAGAGCCAAUCAGCUGGCCUGUCUUUAAUUCUCUGAGACGGCACUUCACUAGUAAAGGAAAGAAUUGCACGCCUGCACGUGUGUCAUCAGAGAGCUAUGCCUCUGCUUCUUCCACCUUCAAAGCAGAAGAAACAGAAGAUAAAACUGCUUUGCCACCCACGGAUAAAUAUGUGUCCUCCAGCGAAACAGCAAACGCAUCAUUAGCACCUUGCUCUCAGUCAGAAGUCAUGACUCCGUCAAUGAAGGUUGGCGCUACUCCCGCCAAGAACCAUUCCAAACAGCCGCUCUGCUCAGAGGAAGACCUACAUCCAGAUAGUGAAUUGCCUCCAGUAAGUGAAGAGCCCAGGCGUUCCGGCUCAAGUAAAGCUACUGAAACAGAAGCAGAAGACGACUGUCUGUGUUACACACCUGAACUUUUUGAUCCUGUUGAUACUGAUGAAGAAAAGACUGAAGUAGAUGAAACCGAUAGAUCCAGUAAUAAUUCAGCAGAAGACCUUUUUGAAACUGUAACUGGCUGCAGCCAGAAAUGAAAGUCAAAGGUUGCAGAGACACAAAGUUGAGUGGAGUCAUUCCGGUGGAAGGAACAGAGCCGACAACUCGUGUACGCGAGUUAGAGCUGGGAAAGCUCACGUGAGACGUGAGGACCUAUAAGCAGUGGUGGGAGGGGCUCCCUGACGUUAGGUAAUGCUGUCAGGGUUUUGUUGAGCCUCCCUGUGUAAACAAUAAUUUGUACUUUGGGUAAAUGUUAUAAUUUUAAUUUUUUACAUAUAUUUCCGUUUUAAUUCA